AUGACUUCGCAGCCAUCGAAGCGAAACUCUACUCAAUGCACGCUCGAAGCGGUACCGAAAUCGGAAUUAGCAACUUCAUACACCUACUCAGUACCUGAUCGCUCAGAUGCGUAUGCUACUAUCGCGCCGGCGCAUGAGUACUACGAACCAACACAUAAUGAACCCGUUCCUCCAACACGGAUCUGGACGCGAUGGUAUCUUCUCCUCUUGUACGGGAUCUUGAUCGCGGUAGCUGCAGGCGUAGUAGGAGGAUUCGUCGGGAAAUCAAUGUCCGACAAGCAGAACAACAACAAUAAUAAUAAUGAUAACAGCCUACCUGGACAAUCGCAGUCUUCAUCCUGCCCAACCAUACCCACCAACGCUUCAAUACCCUCACCAACAUCAACACCACCCAGCAACGUCUUCGCGCGCACUAUCCCCGUCCCCACCACCGGCUGCAAUCCAACCAACGUCCAAAAGUCCUUCAAAACAUUUUCUUCGUUCCUUGACGUCUCGUACACGACUUUCUGCAUGACGGGCUGGCAGCGCAACGAGCUUGUCGCCCUAUCUGUCGCCUCGCCCUCUGACUGCAUAGAAGCCUGCGUCAUGUACAAUGGCCACAAGCAAGCAAGCGAUCGGCCCUGUGUUGGCGGCGGGUUUAUCCCCGCGUGGUGGAAUCAGACUAAAGCGAUGGAUGAGUCAGGUGGGAUGCCGUACAAUUGCUUCCUGAAGAGUAAUGAUACUGGGGUUGGGAGGAAUGACAGAGAUAUUGAGGUUGUGAGUUUGUGUUUACAGGGCGCUUGUAAUGGUGUUUUGGGAUAG